UGGACCAUGAUGAGGCAGCGCGAGUGGAUCCAGCAUGUUUCUAUUUUUUGCCUUCCCUUUGACUCGGGAAGUAGUCGCGGAAAAUAACGGUGCAAGCCAUAAUCAAAGGGAUAAUUCACACCGCAAUAAAGUGCUGGUGAUGGCAGUGCGGCCCCCUCCAUGCGUGAUUGACUGCGGGACAGGGUACACCAAGAUUGGUUAUGCAGGAAACACGGAGCCCCAGUUCAUCAUGCCAUCCUGUAUUGCAAUCAGAGAGACAGCCAGUGUUGGAGAUCAGGCACAGAGACGUCUCAUGAAAGGGGUAGAUGACCUCGAUUUCUUCAUUGGAGAUGAAGCCAUUGAUAAGCCCAACUAUGCAACCAAGUGGCCCAUCAGACAUGGUAUUGUUGAGGAUUGGGACCUCAUGGAGAAGUUCAUGGAGCAGGUCAUAUUUAAAUAUCUCAGAGCUGAGCCAGAAGACCACAACUUCUUGAUGACAGAACCUCCUCUAAAUACCCCAGAGAACCGUGAAUAUUUAGCUGAGAUUAUGUUUGAAACCUUCAACGUCCCAGGACUAUAUAUUGCUGUUCAGGCGGUUUUGGCAUUGGCUGCAUCAUGGACUUCAAGACAGGUUGGAGAACGGACACUAACAGGAAUUGUGAUUGAUAGCGGUGAUGGAGUUACUCAUGCUAUACCAGUGGCAGAAGGUUAUGUGAUUGGCAGCUGUAUAAAGCACAUCCCUAUAGCAGGAAGAGACAUAACCUACUUCAUUCAACAGCUGCUCAGAGAGAGAGAGAUUGGCAUUCCUCCAGAACAGUCACUGGAGACUGCAAAAGCUGUUAAAGAAAGGUAUUGCUACAUCUGUCCAGACAUAGUGAAGGAGUUCACUAAAUAUGACAUGGACCCUGGCAAGUGGAUAAAAAAAUACAAGGGAAUCAAUGCUAUCAGCAAAAAUGAAUUUCAAAUAGAUGUUGGAUAUGAGCGUUUUCUGGGACCAGAGAUAUUUUUUCACCCCGAGUUUGCCAACCCGGACUUUAUGCAGCCCAUCUCAGAUGUAGUGGAUGAAGUCAUUCAGAACUGCCCUAUCGAUGUCAGAAGACCACUUUACAAGAGACAGAUCUAGACUGCAGACAGGGAGUCUAACACAUUCAGCCUGUGUCUACGAAUCCUGACCUGGGAUUGUCUUGAUCUAAUAACCGUGGACUUCCCAUGAAAGACGUCAUCUUGAUGGCAGUAUAGUGUCUGUACAAUCCCAAUACAUGCCUCCAUUUCAAUGGUACCUUCGCACAUAUUCCACUCACCAAUGCCGUUUGCUCUGCUGCACCCCACUGCAUAACACUCGUUUUCAUGCAUCUGUCGCUGAUGAAAGUCUGGAUGGUGCCUUUGGUUUUUGGUAGAGAACUCAACAUCCAUUUUCCCAAAAACAAACGUGGACCACAGCAUCUGAUCACAGCACACAUUUCUAUCUUCAUUUUGACUAUCUGAGAUGAGCUCUGGCCCAGAGAACCCCAUGGCAUCACUGCAUAGAAUUGAUGUAUAGCUUUCUGCUAGAGUAACAGAAAUUCAAGUUGCAUUAAUUGAUGCAGCUGCAGAAUGUGUUAAGUGACAGCUGUUUUCCGAAGUACUCCUGAGCCCAUGUGGCUAUAUUUAACACCUUAGCAUGUUGGUUACUUAUGCAAUGCCAUCUGAGGGCUCAAAGGUCAUCCACAUUCACCUGAGGUGUCUUGCUUUACCCUACACAGACUGACAUUUCUCUGGAUUCCCUGAAUCUGUUCAGAAUAUUAUUUGAGGUGGUUGGUGAAAGACCUAAAUUCUUUGUGAUUGUCUAUUUAAAAAAUGUGAUUUUUGAUUUGUUUGACACUUUUGUCAUUAAAUUUGGUACAAAGUGAUGAGACAUGAUCCAACUUCGCUUGCAAAGACUGAAAUGCUCCUUUUAUACCCAAACAUGAUCCUCUUCUAUUUCCAUGUCACCUGCUUAAUGUGAACUGUUUCAAAACACUUUAAUUUGAAUAUUCUGUAACCUUUUCACUUUUAUUUUGCCUCUGUCACAAACGUUCUUUACAUUGCCAAAGGCUGUAGUAGUCAGUAAGAGCAUAAGAGGAUCCAGAGUUAAAUGAACUUUGUGAUUUUUACUAAUAAGUUAAGUUUUAUAAUAAGUUAAUAGUACAAAUAAGUCUAGCAAUGUGCAAACAUAAUAUGUUUAUGAAAUUAUGAUCUUCUUUUUACGUUCCACAGAAGAAAGAAAGUCAUACAGUUUUGUAAUGACAAGAGGAUGAGUAAAUGAACUAUCCCUUUAAUUCAAAAAUAGAUACAGUGGAUUUAGAUGACUAUAAUUUCCUAAUACCAUUAUAAUACAAGUGGAGGGGAUUGUAAAUUUAUCCUUUUACAUUCAUUUGAUUAUUCAAGAUUAUUCAGUUUAAGUGGAAAAGAGUGUUAAACUCCAGUAAGCACUUACCCUCAUAUCCUGGUAAAUUUGCAUUACAAGAAGAGAAAUUACAUUGCUUUGUCCUAUAGCUAUAGACCAGCACAACUUCUGGUUUUUCAGUAAGUUUGUUAGCACCGACACUGUACAUUACAGUGUUCAUACUUUACUGUCAAGAACAGAACUGAGUGAGUGAAGACAUUAGUUGAUUAUAUUUGCACAAGGCCAGCAACUAACAAGGUAUAGACAUAUUUAUGAUAUCCAAUUUGAUCAAAUUUGAACUGAAACUCAUAGGGUUUCCCUCUCUUUCCAAAGUCCUUAUUGGAGCAAGUUGACUUUAUCUUGUUUACACUCCCUGGACAACUGUUUUUAGGCCUAGAAACCUAGAGUAAAAAUAAUUGGCUUAAUUUGUUUGGAAGAAGAGACGUCUUUUCAUUUUCAUUUUCCUCCCCUACUUUCUAUUCUUUUAAUCUGUAAAAAAUAUUAAUGGGAGCCCAGCAUACAACCAUAAAUCCUGAGGCAAAAAAAUAAGAGAAAACAGAACUUCUGACUGCAUGUUGCUUUUGCGUAGGAUUAAUUAUUUUAAUUUCCAGCAGGGGUCAGUGUUUAUCCACUGAGCUCACAAUUACACUGUCUAGAAUAGAGAAAGCUUUUUAACUGAUCCCUGUAAAUGGGAUGAACAACGCUGAAAUAACCUCAGUAUCCAUUUCUAUAUCUCACAACUCAGGCUGACUGAAUAAAUAGUGUCUUGACAAAUUCAAUUAUGCACACUGAUAAAUAGAGCGCAUCUACAUCACAAUGCGCUGAAAUGAUUCCUAUUCAUUUGCCUUCAAAACAAACUUCAUUGUGGACUAUACUGAAGGAACUGAAAGUUAAGUGGAAAGUGUUUUGAUGCUCUUUUAGUUUGAUUUUCUUUUUCUGCCAAAAUUUACUGAGGUGUAAAAAGUCUUGGCAACAACAAAGACCUCUGAACAGCAAUUGGUUCAUCUAAGAAUAUACAGUCAUGGCCAAAAAUAUCAGCACCCUUGCAAUACUGUCA